AUGACGACAUUUCCGGAGUUACGCCCGACUCCAUUUUACACGAAAACAAUCUUAGGGCAAGAUAUUUUUUUACUCGGGCUGACUGAGUGCAUCCACCUGUCUCUGCCACAUUCCUCUCGCUGAAGUAGUAUGGCUAAUUUUAAGUGCUAGGACUGCCUGGAAAGCAACAUGAAGGAUACUUUCACAGUUCAUCAGCCAUGAAUCAAGUCUGAGGAAGGAAAAUAUCCCUGCCCUUGAACAGGACACCUGGUUCUGUGUGAUUUUCCCUGUUUCAAAGCUCAAGAGCUGCUUUAUUAUGAAACAUGGACCAGGGUACAGUUGACAGCCCUGUUACUCUUGUCAUCAAGGCACCCAACCAGAAAUAUGAUGACCAGACCAUCAAUUGUUUUUUGAAUUGGACAGUUGAGAAAUUGAAAAAACACAUCUCCAAAGUGUAUCCUAGCAAGCCGUCAUCCAAGGACCAGAGACUUGUCUAUUCUGGACGACUUCUGCAAGAUCACUUGCAGUUGAGGGAUGUGCUAAGAAAGCAAGAUGAAUACCACAUGGUCCACCUAGUGUGUGCUUCACGAAGCCCCCCAUCAUCCCCCACUUUCAGCAGCCCUAUUAGCACCACUGACUCCAGCUCUUCAACGUCAGACAGUGCUGGUCCAUCUUCUUCAUCUUCUACCCCUAGUCCUGAAACCCCAGCCAACUCUGAUGGUCUACGGCACCGGGGGAACCCAGUGCAAACACAUGGCCUCAAUCCUGCCCCUACUGGUGUGAUGCAGAGGCCUGAAGGAAUGCCUCUUCCCAUGCAAGGUGGUCCCGCUGCUGGCUUCCCCGCCCACCCUAUAUAUAUGCCGAUGCAAAUGUUUUGGUGGCAGCAGAUGUAUGCCCGCCAUUAUUAUGUGCAAUAUCAAGCAGCCAUGGCAGCCUCCCGGGUGUCCAGCGCGACCCCCUCUCCCGCCCCCAGCGCUGGUCCCGCCACACAGCCAGCUCAGCCUAACGAACCUGCAGCCCCUAUGGGGCCCAACCCCGCCCCUGAGGACCGCCCUGCCAACCCCAACAUCCAGAUGAACGCUCAGGGAGGAGCCAUGAUGAACGACGAUGAGCUCAACCGAGACUGGCUGGACUGGAUGUACACCGUGUCACGUGCCGCCAUCCUGCUCAGCAUCGUCUAUUUCUAUUCCUCCUUCGGUCGCUUCGUCAUGGUGAUCGGUGCCAUGCUGCUGGUUUAUCUGCACCAGGCUGGCUGGUUUCCCUUUAGAGCAGAACUGCAGAAUCCAAGAGCUGAAGAAGGUCCACAAGACGAGGCUGAGCAAAAUCAGGAACUGCAAGAGAUGGAGCGUAUGAUGGAUGAGGGGAUGGAGGAUGAUGAGGGGGACAACGGGGAGGAAGGUCCUGAAGAUCCCAUGAACGCAGGCCCGCAUCAGCCGGGCUUCCUGUCGGCCACGUGGUCGUUCAUUAGCACUUUCUUCACCUCCCUCAUCCCUGAGGGACCUGCACACGCUGCCAACUGAACUCUGAUGUCUCCACAUUGUCUGUGGACAGUAGAAAAAAAGAAAAGAAAAUAGACUUUAAAAAAAAUCAUAAAAUAAAAAACAAGUACAACAUGG